AUGGGAUACCAGAGCGCACCAAAGUCUGGCACGCCUCAAGGGUCUUUCCUCCUUGAUGACAAGGAGAGUCUGAGUGACAGCUCCACGAAGAUUGCUGAUCAGUCAGGGGACGACAGACUCGGCGUGCGCAGCGGCUUCUUUGACGAUGCCGUCGAUGACGAUGAUGCGCUGCCUCUGCCUCUGCCUUCCCAAGCGCCACCCACGCCGCCGUCGACUGUCGGUGCGCCGUCUGACUCAGCAGAUGAGAGAUUCUCCAAUCGACCAGAACCACUCCUGGACACCAACGACUCUACUGGCAUAGACAUCGUGGUCGCUCGUUUUCAUCUAGUGGUGAAAUGGGUGGUGUCUGAGAUGAUGCUCACAGAUGCGCCGAGUGAGCGCGCACGUUGCAUCACCAAAUUCAUCCACAUUGCGACGGACUGCCACCGCUUACGGAACUACGCCCCAAUAUACCAGAUCACGCUGGCAUCGCUGUCUGCGGACUCGCGCGAUUGCAUAAGACACAUUUAUUAA